AUGACUACUCCAAUAAAAACUCAAUCACAACAACAACAACAACAACAUCCAACUGUCCUCGUAACAGGCGCAAAAAACUUUCUUGCAGCUCAUAUUAUCGACCAACUAAUUGCCCAAGGCUACCGUGUUCUAGGUACAGUACGGACCCGCGAAAAGGGCGAGUUUUAUCAAUCCCGUUACGGCUCUCGCAACUUUAUUUACGAAGUAGUUCGACCAAGUAAUGUUUUUGAUAGCUUCACAAAUGUCUUUGCCAAACAUGGUAAAGAUAUCCAGUACAUGGUUCAUACUGCAACACCUCCCUUUUAUCAUGGCCCUGACCCGGAACGAGAUGUUAUCCAGCCUGCUGUAGCAGCAGUUACUGCCGUUCUCAAGGCUGCCCAUGCAGGUGGCCCCAAUUUACUCAAGGUGGUUGUCACUUCAUCCAUUGCAUGUGUGGUGCCACCUGGUGGAGAACGAGCUCGCAAAAAAACAUAUAACGAGACAGUAUGGAACCCAGUAACUCUAGAAGAAGCUUCUCAGUCAACAAGUACGGCAUUUUUCGGCGCGCGUGUAUUUGCAGAAAAGGCUGUGUGGAAGUUUGUGCGGUCGGAGCAUCCGCGGUUUACAGUAACUACCAUUCAACUUCCGCUUAUCUUGGGGCCUCCCAUCAACGACAUGUUGUAUCAACACUUGCGUGCUAGUAACGAAUUCUUAUUACAGCUCAUCACAGACCCACAAGCCGCUUUGGCCAAAUGGGAUGAUAAUAAAACUGGGGCACCAGCAUCUCUGCCACCAGACCAUGAUCCGGAGCUACAUGACCCUGCUUUAUUGCCAUAUACGUUUCCAUUCUACAUUGAUGUUCGAGAUGCAGCUGCAACGCAUGUACGUGCACUUACAAAUCACGGGCUUGACAAUAAGAGGUGUUUGAGUGUAGGGGGUCGUGCCGAUACUGGUGGGCUUGUUCGGGCGUUGUGUGAAGUUUGUCCGGAGUAUGUGCCAUAUGUUGGAGAGGCCACUUUGGAGGCUUUAAAGAAGCGAGAAGAGGAGGAGGAAGAAGGAGAAGGAGAAGGAGAAGGAGAAGGAGAAGAAGGUCAAGGAUAUGCUCGGUGUGAUACUAGUGAGUGCCGGAAAAAUUUGGGAAUUGAGUACCGGACACUGGAGACUACGAUUUAUGAUACGGUGCAGCGGGUAAGGGAGCUUGAACGUGCGCUUGCUCCCGGGGAUUUACCGAGUCCAUGA